GCCUUAUGCUCUGCCCUUUGUGUGUUGUGCUUAUUGCUGGUGCUGUGGUAGAGAUGCUUACAAUUGCGACUACACGCAACGGCCCAACACCUGAUUGGGUAUCGGCGGAGCACGAUCGUCGUUCCAUGUCGAGCAUGCUCCGAGUCUCACACGUAUCAAGUCUGGUGGCAGAAGGGCAGCAUUUCGGAGGGCCGUCCUGCGCCCGUUUGCGUCAACCUGGUGUGUCAACCUUGUGAAGAGUCAACAUGCAUUCCACACUACGUGUUUUGCCCCAAGUGCGGUGUGGCUGGUCUGGAGGUGUGGUGUGAGGCUGGAGCUCGAUGAAGGUCACAUGCACAGCAGGAUCAGCAAUCAAAUCUGCCGUAAUCAAUCUCCGCUAAACCCGCUUGUGUGUAGACUUCUUGACAUGUAUAUUCAACCAGCACCGUG